UCCGCCGCCGCCGCGAGCCGCUCGCCGGCUCGGGCCCGAGCUGGGAGGGCGCCAGGCAGCACCGAUCGCUCGCUCGCUGCGCAGGACGGCGCCCGCCUGGCGCCUCUUCCCGCCCGGCGUGCGAACCGGCCGGGCCGGGCCGCGCCUCCCUCCGACCUUCCCCGCUGCCGCCCCGGGGGAGGGCGCAGAGCCGGGACCGCGAGCGAGCGGGUUCUGCCGAGAGGAGGGAAAAGUUGUGAGCGGAUGCUGCCGGCGCCGGACCCCAGCCGCGAAGAGUCGGAUCCGCCCCCGCUGGAGGAGGCUCGGAGGCUGGGGGCGCUGGCACACUGGCGGCUGGGGCAGGAGGCGCAUGCGGCAGAGAAGACAGCCGAGGGCUGCAGCUCAGCCUGGCUCCAUCUGAGAUGAGGGUGUCCCCCACCUGAAGACAACGAGCCAGGUCCUGAGCGAUGCGCCCGAGCUGAGUACCCACGGCCCCACUCUUCCCCAUGGAGAAAGGACUUGUUUUGCCCCAGGACUGCCGGGACUUUCUGCACAGCCUGAGAAUGAGGAGCAAAUAUGCUCUUUUCCUGGCUUUUGUGGUGGUGGUUUUUGUCUUCAUUGAAAAGGAAAAUAAAAUCAUAUCGAGGGUCUCGGACAAGCUGAAGCAGAUCCCCCAGUCCCUGGUAGAUGCCAACAGCACCGACCCAGCCCUGGUCUUGGCGGAGAACGCAUCCCUCUUGUCCCUGAGUGAGCUUGAUUCAGCCUUCACACAGCUGCAGAGCCGCCUGAGAAACUUCAGUCUGCAGCUGGGUGUGGAGACGGUGGAGGAGGCCCAGGGGGAGGGGAAGGGAGACGAGGGGGAGCAGCCUCCCGGCCCCCGCGAGGCUCGGCCCCGGCGCCACGUGCUCCUGAUGGCCACCACCCGCACCGGCUCCUCGUUCGUGGGCGAGUUCUUCAACCAGCAGGGCAACAUCUUCUACCUCUUCGAGCCGCUGUGGCACAUCGAGCGCACGGUGUCCUUCGAGGCCGGAGGCGCCAACGCCGCGGGCUCGGCCCUGGUCUACCGCGAUGUGCUCAAGCAGCUCUUCCUGUGCGACCUGUACGUCCUGGAGCAUUUCAUUAGCCCCCUGCCAGAGGACCACCUGACGCAGUUCAUGUUCCGCCGGGGCUCCAGCCGCUCCCUCUGCGAGGACCCCGUGUGCACGCCCUUCAUCAAGAAGGUCUUUGAGAAGUACCACUGCAAGAACCGCCGCUGCGGUCCCCUCAACGUGACACUGGCCGCCGAGGCCUGCCGCCGCAAGGAGCACAUGGCCCUCAAGGCCGUCCGUAUCCGGCAGCUGGAGUUCCUGCAGCCGCUGGCCGAGGACCCCCGGCUGGACCUGCGCGUCAUCCAGCUGGUGCGCGACCCCCGGGCAGUGCUGGCCUCCCGCAUGGUGGCCUUCGCGGGCAAGUAUGAGACCUGGAAGAAGUGGCUGGCCGAGGGGCAGGACCAGCUGCGAGAGGAGGAGGUGCAACGGCUGAGGGGCAACUGUGAGAGCAUCCGCCUCUCCGCGGAGCUGGGCUUGCGGCAGCCGGCCUGGCUGCAAGGCCGCUACAUGCUGGUGCGCUACGAAGACGUGGCCCGCAGACCUCUGCAGAAGGCCCGGGAGAUGUACCGCUUUGCAGGCAUCCCCCUGACCCCGCAGGUGGAGGACUGGAUCCAGAAGAACACCCAGGCGGCCCGGGACGGCAGCGGGAUCUACUCCACGCAGAAGAACUCCUCCGAGCAGUUUGAGAAGUGGCGCUUCAGCAUGCCCUUCAAGCUGGCGCAGGUGGUCCAGGCUGCCUGCGGCCCCGCCAUGCAACUCUUCGGCUACAAACUGGCACGGGAUGCCGCCUCCCUAACCAACCGCUCUGUCAGCCUGCUGGAGGAGCGCGGCACCUUCUGGGUCACGUAGGGGGGCUGAGGCCACAUGCACCCCUCCUCAUGAAAGUCCCACCCUGCCUUCCUCACACCCGAGCCAGCGGGUGAGACCGCAGGGCUCUCAGAGGAUGGCGGGAAGCCGUGCACCGAGCAGGCUGCCCUUGCGCUGUAGCAGUAACCCCCAGCCAGAUAGCUUCCCCCACCGCGGCUAUGGGCUGGGGUUUCUUGCCGAGAACAGGACAGUGCCCAGUACCCUUGAGGGUCAUCAAACCCAGACCUAAGGGCUAUAGUCUCCUGAGCAGGCCCAGGCAGGCCUCUCUCUCUCUCUCUCUCUCUCUCUCUCUCUCUCUCUCUCUCUCUCUCUUACACACACACACACACUCACACACACACACAUACAGAAACAUACAUGAUACACGCAUACAUGUCUGCAGACCCUAUGGGCUGGAGUCCAAAUAUUUAACAACUAAAGGGUCUGUGGGCACUGACCAAUCACAGUUGGACUUCCCACUGGGCUCAGUGUUCACCUUUCAGUCUCUGGGUUCCUACACAAUCCAGUGUGGAGUCUGGUUGGGUCCCUGGGGAGGGACUGGGGCGGCCCAGGGUGUUAGAAGAUGGCAGUCGAGGCUUACCAACCAAGAACCAUUCAAUAUUUUCAUACAUGGGAUAGCUGUGCUGGUUACUGAUGAAGUCAGCUCUGUAUAGAGCUACAAAAUACACGCGUAUAAAGACAAUACCUACACACACACACACACACCACACUGAAAAAAAUCAUAAAAACACAAUUCCACAUUAUACACGUAUAAAAACACAAGGCAAGCUUCCCCAUUGCUUUAUGCCCACAGGGUUUACAAAUUUCUCUGUAUCACACAUCUAAAGAGGAGCCUUUAAUUAUUUGGGGGCAGGGGAAGGAAACACGGUCAUGGGCCAUUACCCAACCAGGUUUAGAAUGAACGGUGGACGCACAACUGCUGAGUCCGAGGCCCCUGCCCGCCUUGGAGUCACAUGACUACCUCCUCUGGCCCAUUUACAUCCUCGCUGCUGGCAGGCAGGAUGUUUUGAAAUGGCGUGGCCGACCCUCAUGUGACUGCAGCCCAAAGGCCCAUUCCAGUUUGGCUGGUGUCCUAGCAUGUCUAUGUUUGAAGGCUGCCUGGGGCCUGAUUGGCAAAAGCAGCUGUGGUCCCCGGAGGCAAAAGGCAGCUCAUGGGUCUUGCUGCUUCCAGCCAGGCCUCUGUGCUGCAGGGCCCUGAAGACAGCCCAGUGUGCUCUUCAGAAGAAGUCACAUCAGGAUAGCCCCUCCCCUGACAAGACAGGGGGCAGAGGUCAGCCUCCUGGAUGGUCGCCAUGGUUACAUGGUUAGUGUCUACAAUUCCUCCUUUAGGGCUCUGGGAAGAGUAUUGCUCAACUCAGGAUGGACUGGGUGUUUUAUUUUUUUGGGUUUUUUUUAGGGUAUUUAUAGUUUGGUGUCUUGUUUUGUGGCUGUGUUUUUGGUUUUGUUUCUGCAGAAGUGCCACUUGGAAGCAAUCUGUGUUUCAGGGGCUGAGGAGGUUCUGGGAGGACCAGUGGAGAGCACUCUGGCUCCUGCUGGAGGGAGAGGAGGAGGAGGAGAAAGAGCCUUCCCCAGAAGGCUCAGAGCUUAGGUGGCCACGUGGCAACCCACAGUGCCCCAUGGGCUUUUCUGUUUGAACCCCAUGUGGAACGAAUCUCAGAAACCACCAGGCUCUUUGCUGCAUGUCCAGAAGCAGCAUAAAUUAAGCAGUCCUCUCCCCCUCCUUGAGAAGAGGCCAGGCUUGAACAUUUCUCCCAAGCCCAAUCACAUUACUUUGGGGGGCUGGGGACCUAUGACCAAGCAGCAAAUGUCCCCAAGUGGAGACCUUUCCCAACUCCCACCCCAACCCAGGGAGCAGAACUCAGUACCACCUUAGAGCGUGCAGGGAGCUGUAACAGUUCACUAAGGACUGUUUCUGAUUUCCUGGACAACCUCUCUGUCAGAUCUGUCCUAUUGUCAAACCCAGGGUUUUGGUGUGAGUAAUAUGGACAUGAGGGAAACACAGGAUCUAAGUCCAGCUGGUGUUGCUGUGGGGAAGGAAGGGGUGUGUCCUGGCUGGAAAUCACCUUUUGAAAAUGUGAGGACAGUAGCCAUCUUGUGGGGUCCAUUAUAAUCUCCAUAUUUGAGCUGUUGGGUCUCCAUCACCAUGGACUUCAGCCAUUCAAGGAGGUCUCUACAUUAGGUUUUCCAACCCAAGAAUAAGUUGUUUAGGGAACUGGCUCUAAUUUGGGGUCUAAAGGGACUCCAGCUCUGAAAACUUGACCCUGGGGCAGAGUGGGGCCAGGAUUUUUCUGGCAGGCCCAGAAAUGCUGGUGGUUCUUCCCCAGCCCCUGCCCUGCUCUCUGCACUGUUCCCACCUGCGGCGGUGGGAGGGUGGGGGCGGGCAGGCUCCUCUAUCCAGGGUUCUUCCUGGAGCCCUCUUAGCGUGGACAGCAGACUUCUUCCUUCCUUCCUAUGUCCGGGGCCAAUGCCUCCACCCCUGAGAUCUGAGGACUGUGCCGAGAAUGGACCUUUCGGACUUCUCAGGACAUUGAUAAUUCGUACACUGCAAGUUGACUUAAUUUAUUUAUUUUGUGAAAAAGAAGAGACAGAAAAUACUUUGUUAUUUGCAGAGACUCAAAGCUGUACCCAAAUCAAGAAAGACAAACUAGGGGCCGGCCGAGUGGCUCAGUUGGUUAAGAGCUCACUCAAGAGUUUGAGCUCUGAGCAACAGUGGUUCGA